GCUCUUUCCUGUGUCUGUGUCAGUUGCAAACAACUCUAGAAUAUGGCUUCUUCAGCACACACAGAAGUUGGUGAGGAAACGGUUAAUGUCAUGGAUAUCCAGGAGUUCAAGCUCUCUGAGAUGGAAGAAAGAUUGUCAUUUUUAAAUUUAAGUAAUUUAUCUCAAAUGAUCUCUGAGAAAAAUAAAGAAUUUUCUGAUAUUCGUCAACAAUUGGGGAACAGCUACAACGCUAAAAUGAGAAGUGAGUCCUGGAGACUGAAGUCUUUCCUUUCAUUUAAUAAACUUUCAUCUUGGUGUCCAAAAGCUAUGGCCAGCGCUGGAUUUUAUUUUACAGGAACUGAUCGCAGCGUCCAGUGCUUUUGUUGUGGUUUAGUUUUCUGUUCAACUAGUUUAAGAACACCCCCAUAUGAAGACCACUUGAAACAUAACCCAACUUGCGGGUUUAUUCAAGGAAAGGAUGUUGGUAAUAUCUCCAAAUAUGAUGUGCGUGUUCAUUCGCCUAUAACAGAGCAAGAGAGCUACUCAGAUGAGGAAUCCAGAUUAAACUCCUUUACAGACUGGCCUUUUUAUGUCAAGGUGCAACCCUCUGACCUUGCUCAUGCAGGAUUCUUCUUCACAGGCAGAAGGGACGAUGUGCAAUGCUUCUCCUGUGUUGGAUGUUUGGGCAAUUGGGAAGAAAAUGAUGACCCCUGGAGAGAACAUGCAAAGUGGUUUCCCGAAUGUCAGUUUCUUGCAAGUAUGAAAACUCAAGAUGAAAUCAAAGAAUAUAUUACACAGUACAUGGGGUUUUAUGGAUUUACGGGAAAACAUUUUACUCCAAUUUGCAGCAGUUUUGGUGUCAGGAUAUUGUGUCCUGCAACAGGCUGUAAACACCUGGGGAUCUUUGAAGAGGAAACAGUUCGUAUGGAAUCAUUUAAAGAAUGGCCUCCAAAUGUUCAUGCUGAACCUGCCUCUCUUGCCAAAUCGGGAUUUUACUAUACAGGCAUAUCUGAUGCAGUGAAGUGCUUUACCUGUGGUGUCAGCAUUCGCUCAUUUGAACCAGAUGAUGAACCUAAUACCGAACAUCUGAAAUUCAGCCCCAGGUGUGAGUUUUUGAAGAAAAUAACAGAUAUGACAAAGGAAGAGAAACCAAAUGCUAACCAAGCUACUGAGCUACCAGAUGCUAACCAAGCUACUGAGCUACCAGAUGCUAACCAAGCUACUGAGCUACCAGAUGCUAACCAAGCUACUGAGCUACUAGAUGCUAACCAAGCUACUGAGCUACCAGAUGCUAACCAAGCUACUGAGCUACCAGAUGCUAACCAAGCUACUGAGCUACCAGAUUCUAACCAAGCUACUGAGCUACCAGAUUCUAACCAAGCUACUGAGCUACCAGAUGCUAACCAAGCUACUGAGCUACCAGAUGCUAACCAAGCUACUGAGCUACCAGAUUCUAACCAAGCUACUGAGCUACCAGAUGCUAACCAAGCUACUGAGCUACCAGAUGCUAACCAAGCUACUGAGCUACCAGAUGCUAACCAAGCUACUGAGCUACCAGAUGCUAACCAAGCUACUGAGCUACCAGAUGCUAACCAAGCUACUGAGCUACCAGAUGCUAACCAAGCUACUGAGCUACCAGAGCAGCUUCCUUUAGAAAAAAGUAAACAAUGCUCUACAGCUGCGAACUACAGUUUGGACCCUAAUACUAAAUACUGGUUUCAAGAUGCAGCAAAACUAAGAAAUCAUCUUAUGGAUGUUUACUGUGAUUCACGCUUCAGCAAAGUGUUAACAUUUGGGGAUUCAUCUUGUGUUUCCACAGAAUUGAAAUCACUUUUUGCAGAUAUAUCUGCUGUUUUAAAGGACAGUAAAAACAAACCACUGCAACAUCUCACAUUCCCUGAUAUUCUGUCAGAUCUGAGGGACAUCACAAUGAUAGAAGGUGAAACUGGUAGUGGGAAAACAGCUUUACUCAAGAAGAUAGCCAUUCUCUGGGCUUCAGGCUGUUGUCCCAUACUAAGCAGGUUCAGACUUGUGUUUUAUAUCUCUGUAUCCUCUAUUGAAAGACAUCAGACAUUGUCUGACAUAGUCUGCAAACAGCUGAUUGGACAAACAACACCCCUCACUGAAGAGACUCUGGGGGAGAUUUUAAAACAAUUAAAGAACCAAGUUCUGUUCCUCCUGGAUGAUUAUGGUGUGAUGGACUCCGUUCCUGAAGCCAUAGAGAAUCUUUUAUUGAAAAAUCACCUGAGCAAGAUGAGUUUGGCACUCACAGUGCGCCCUGAUAAAGGGAGAAAUCUUCGUCAGUAUGCAAGGACUGUACUGAGCAUCCAGGAAUUCCCUUUGUACAGCUCAAUAUAUAUUAUUAGACAGCUGUUUUCACAUGACAUGUCACUUGUAGAACGUUUUUUAGUGGAGCUGAUCUCUUGUAAAACAUUGCAAGCUGCUUUAAAGACUCCUCUUUUUACAUUUGCUCUUUGUGUGUUCUGGGUGCAAAAUCCAAACCAGAGCUUAGCUAGUGAUAAAUCAAUAUGUAUGGCAUAUUUAAAGCACAGUUUGCUUAAAUAUAUAAAAGAAACAGAAUUGGUAAAAUCUACAAUUUCAUCAUGUGGUGACCUCGCUUUAAUUGGUCUUUUACAUUCAAAAUUUGAUUUCAAAGAAGAGGACCUCUGUGCUGCUGCUGUUAUAAGUACUGACGCUCUUAAAUUUGGUCUUUUGAGCAAAUUCACAUCACAGAGACUUCACCCCAUUUACAUGUUCUUUCAUCCCUCUUUCCAGGAGUUUCUUGCUGGCAAAAGGAUCAGUGAACUUCUGGAAUCUUCAGACACAAAUGAAAUAAACAAGGGCUUUUCAUAUCUCCAGCACAUCAACACAUUCUUAAAAUUUGCAGGACAGUUCUACUAUUUCUUGAUUUAUGCCUGUAUGUUUUCUCACAAAACAACUUCAGUCAUCAUAUCCCAUUUAUUUUCUUUGCUGGAUAAUAGUGAAGCAUUUGACUGUCCAACAGAUUCAAAACUCCACUUGCAACAUCACCCAAUGCUAUCCAACAUAGAACAAAUACUUACUCUCCUAAGCACCAAUCAACAUGGCCAUCAUCUUUCAUUUGUCAUGCAUUUAUUGCUGAUGUUUGCUAUUAAUGUAUCACACAGUGGGGGGUUUAAACCUGAAUGUGCUCCCAUAAUUUUACAGUUCCUUAAAGGAAAAGAUAUUACUGUAAGUUUGUCAUCAUCAGAUAUGUUGUUGAUCAGAUUUCUUGCAGAAUAUCCAGAAGCACUUUCAUUGAUUGAAAGCUUGACACUAUCUAUAACUGGCAUAAGAGACUCGGGCCUUGAUUUUAUAUAUAAGGAUGAUUUCAGUUCUUAUUGGAGUGUUCCAAUGGUUGAGAGAGACUAUUCCAUGGCAUUCCAGCAUGUUUCAAACAUGUUUAAAAAAGAUGAAGAUAACUACUAUCCAAGGAAAACUGUAGAAAUCUCCAACGUUGAAUUCAGCCAAGGUCCACAUAAAGUUGCUGUUCUAAAAGUAGAAGCCAGUGGAAGAAUUACAGAGUGGGAAAACAUCCUUCCUCACCUGAAAGUUUUCAUUUCUCUUUCUAAUCGUGUUGAAUUGAGUAUUGAUAAAAGCCCCGGGUUUCAUGAUUGUGUCAAGAAUUGCAUUGAGCAAUACCAGGAUUUGUUUGUAAAGUGUAGCAUAAAAGAUAUGGAGAUAAACUCUGAAGAGCAAGAGCUCAUUAUGCAGAUGUCUUCACUGGAGAGUCUUAUUAUAACCAAAAUGCAGCCACCAGAUCAUCUUCUCUCACACUUGGACAUAUUCAAGCGAUUAAAAGAACUAACACUGAGUUUCUCACAUAAUACUGAAGUGCUGGAAAUAUUACCAGAUGGAUUCAAAAACAUAAUUAGUCUGGAAAAGCUAAUAUUCUAUAACGUUGAUUUGACGAGGCAGUCAUCUCGAUUAGCUGAGAUUCUUGCGGUUCUACCUAAUCUAAAAUCUUUUCAUCUGAACUGUGAUUGCUGUCCUGAAUUUGAGAAGAUUGUCGACGCAAUCUCUCAGAAUGGCAAAAUCCAGGAAAUUAGUCUAAAAGGAUUAUUUGUAGCAAAUGAGGAAAUAGUUGCCUUAGCUUCAGCAUUACCAUCAUUUCAGAAUCUUAACAUUUUGGACAUUCAAUGUCAACAUUUGGAGGAUGAUGAAGCUGCCAAAGUCUUCGCCCACACUUUACCAUAUCUGGUGCUGUUAGAAGAGCUGAAGCUCCCUAGUGGACCUGCAAUGAAGAGAGCAGCAGUCUCUAUCAUACAGCAGUUACGUUAUCUCCUGCACCUCAAAGUGCUCUCCUUUACUAAUGAUGUUCUCAUUGACAUCAGUUUGCUGGAGUUAGCAAAAGAAGCAAAAGCAGGACAUUUAAAGAAUAUUGUGACACUAAUACUUUCUACGAACCACGAUGCUACACAAACUGGAUGGACAGACUUCUUUACAAAUUUGGAUAACAUACCACAUUUAAAGGAGUUAGAUAUUGUACGAAUCUAUGCAUACCAGUUUAAAAUAGAUCCAUCAACUCUUAAAGCCCUAGUCCAAUGUGUGUCCAAGCUUCACAGUCUGAACAAACUUAUCAUGCAGGGGUGGCUAAUGGAUGAAAAAGACCUGGAGAUGUUUAAUGCAAUGAAACAAAACCACCCCCAAGCAAAAAGCUUUAUGCUCUUAUGGCAAUGGAUUUUACCAUUUAACCCAGUUCUGCAGGAAUAAUAUAUAUGUAUAUAUGUGUGUGUGUUAUUGCUAUAUAUUUACAGCAUUCUCCUAUGUUCCAGACAUUACCAAGAUAAUAUAAUUUCAAAAAGGUUUCCCAAAAAUUAAAGAUAUUAAAUAAAAAUUGUAUUUACAUGUAUCAAAUAUAAUAUUUAUACCAGAAAGCAAUGCAAUGUGUUCAGUGUACACUGUGUACAUUACUUUUAAUUAUAUACUAUUAUAAUACUAUUAUAUAUGCUAAUGCUACAAUAAAAAAAUCACUGAUGUCCUAAACAAUUAUUAAUAUUGUCUGUAUACAUAGUUUAUGAUAUAUUUUCUAAAAAUAAAAUAUAAUUUUUUACA